GCGGCUAGGGUGCUAAGGGAAGACGGAUGCCGGGCAUGUGGGACCAAGGCCUCUUCUAGCCAGCGCUGCCCCAGGACCUCUGACCUGCUGGCCAGCCAGGGCCGGAUCCAAGGAGGCCCACCUCCUGACGGGCCACCUACCUCAGUUCCAGCCCAUAGAGAAAUCUGGAAGAUCACAGAGCCAGCAUGGAUCCUGACAGCGAUCAACCCCUGAACAGCCUUGAUGUCACCCCCCUGCGCAAACCCCGAACUCCUCCCCUGGAGACCUUCAAAAAGGUGGGGUUCCCAAUCAUCGCAGCGCUGCUGAGCCUGGCGACCAUCAUCAUCAUGGCUGUCCUCAUCAAGGUGAUUCUGGACAAAUACUACUUCCUCUGCGGGCGGCCUCUCCACUUCAUCUUGAGGAGGCAAGUGUGUGAUGGCCAGCAGGACUGUGCCUCUGGGGAGGACGAGCAGCACUGUGUCAAGACCUUCCCUGAUGGGUCCCCAGUGGCAGUCCGCCUCUCCAGGGACCGAUCCACCCUGCAAGUGCUGGACCCGGCCACACGGAGCUGGGCCUCUGCCUGCUUUGACAACUUCACAGAAGCUCUGGCCAAGACAGCCUGUGGGCAGAUGGGCUAUGCCAGUGUGAGCAGCAAACCCACCUUCAAAGCUGUGGAGAUUGGCCCAGACCAAGAUCUGGAUGUUGUUGGAAUCACAGAAAAUGGCCAAGAGCUUCAGGUGCAAAACCAAAGUGGACCCUGUCUCUCAAGCUCCCUGGUCUCCCUGCACUGCCUUGCCUGUGGGGACAGCCUGAAGGCCCCUCGGGUAGUGGGCGGGGAGACGGCCUCUGUGGAUUCCUGGCCUUGGCAGGUCAGCAUCCAGUACAACAAACAACACAUCUGUGGAGGGAGCAUUCUGGACCCCUACUGGAUCCUCACGGCAGCCCACUGUUUCAGGAAGCAUCACGAUGUGUCCACCUGGAAGGUAAGGGCUGGCUCAGACAAACUGGGCAACUUCCCAUCCCUGCCUGUGGCCAGCAUCUUCGUCAUUGAGCUGAACACCACGUACCCAAAAGAGAAGGACAUUGCCCUUGUGAAGCUGCAGUUCCCACUCACAUUCUCCGGCACAGUCAGGCCCAUCUGCCUGCCCUUUUUUGAUGAGGAGCUCACUCCAGCCACCCCGCUCUGGGUCAUCGGAUGGGGCUUUACAAAGCAAGAUGGAGGAAAGUUGUCUGACACACUGCUGCAGGCCUCGGUCCAGGUCAUUGACCAUACUCGGUGCAACGCAGAGGACGCCUACCAAGGGGAAGUUACUGAGCAGAUGCUGUGUGCCGGCAUCCUGGAGGGCGGCGUGGACACCUGCCAGGGUGACAGCGGUGGGCCCCUGAUGUAUCACUCUGACCAGUGGCAAGUGGUGGGCAUCGUGAGCUGGGGCCACGGCUGUGGGGGCCCCAGCACCCCAGGAGUAUACACCAAGGUCACAGCCUAUCUCAACUGGAUCUACAAUGUCCGGAAGUCGGAGUCAUGAUGCUGCUGCCCCUCCAUUCUCCUGGAAACAGCCUCCCCCUGUCCUGCCCACCUGGGGAUCCCAGAAGUCAGACGGAGCAAGAGCCCCAGGGGCACACCACUCUGCCCACAGCCUCAACAUUUCUUGGUGCAGCAAAGGGCCUCCAUUCUUGUAAAAGACCUCACAGCCCAAAGGCACCCAGAAGGAAGUCAGCAGCCCCAGCUCUGUCACCCCUGGGGCUCCUGAUGUCACUGGGAGAAAGACACAGCCCACUGGACAGGCCAGCCUUCUGGCCAAGGUCUCAGAGGCAUUGCUAAGCACAAAAGAAACUUUCCCACCUUGCUGAAUGGAAGCAGACUCUCCAAUGAGAACCCAGAUCACCAAGGAUUGGACUAGAGGGAGGAAAGAGUCUAAGCCAGCCCUCUCCUCCACCCAUCCCCAGGCCCAAUAGAGCAAGAAACAAGUUAUAAUUUAAAAUGCACUGUCCUGCUAUUGGUACAACUACUAUUACUUACUGUUAUGACUGUUAGCUCUAUGGCUGCUGCUAUUAAACAGGUGUGUGAAGUCCUUGACACAGGCGGACUGGGCUGCAUGCUAAGAACUGAGCUAGGACUAUUGCAUCAUUCUUGAGUCUGAGUAUGAAAAGGUCUUGGGGAGACCACGGAUUCUCAAACAACGAAAAAGAGACCCAAAGACCAGAGAGAACACCUAUGACUUGGGAGAGGGAGGAUUUAGGUACUCAAGACUGACAGUAAAUCAUGGUUCCCCCAGUGGAAGGGAAGAAGAUAUUGUACCUUUGAGUCCUUACUUCUACCUAGAGAGUCCAGGCUGGUUGCUUUCA